AUGGCCGCGCAAUUAGGCGUUGGCGAGUUCAUUUGGUACGACACAGGCGAUGACAGGUUUCAAGUACCGAUCGGAGGCCAAAUUACCGAUCGCAAGGGGCGUAUCAUCGAAUUCAAAGAUGAUCACGGAAAGAAGCACAGAAUCGAUGUCGGAACCGACCUCGGCAAAGUUAAAAUCAUGCAUCCUUCCUCCGUAAAGGGCGUUGCAGACAUGAUUUUGCUUGGUGACUUGAAUGAGUCUGGCAUUCUGCGCAAUUUGCACGUUCGCUACAAGCAAAAUACUAUUUACACGUACACAGGAACGAUUCUUGUCGCUGUCAAUCCAUAUAAAAUCAUCCCCGGCCUUUAUGAACAAAAUCAAAUCGAAGCUUAUACAAACAAAAGGAUCGGAGAAAAACCGCCGCAUGUUUUUGCUAUAACUGACAACGCAUACACAGGAAUGAUGCGCAAUAAGAUGAGCCAAUGCGUUGUUGUCUCUGGCGAGUCUGGUUCCGGGAAGACAGAAUCAACAAAGCUGAUGCUUCAGUAUUUAGCAGCUGCAUCCGGUCAACAUAGUGCGAUCGAACAACAGAUUUUGGAGAGCAACCCAAUCUUGGAAGCAUUUGGAAACGCAAGAACACUUCGAAAUGACAAUUCCUCGCGCUUUGGGAAGUACAUCGACAUUCAAUUCACUCCAUCUGGGCAGAUUGAAUGCGCCCGCAUCGACGAGUACCUCCUUGAAAAGUCGCGUCUUAUCUCGCAGCAAAGUGGGGAGCGAAACUUCCAUAUUUUCUACAUGAUGCUUUCUGGACUGUCUGGCGAUACUCGACAGAAGCUUGGCCUUAAGAUGAGUGCCUCUGAGUAUUCUAUGACGAAAGUCGGAGCGAAUCUCAAACUUGACGGGUGGAACGACCGAGAAGAGUUUAGCAAAGUUGCAGCAGCAAUGCGCAUCCUUAAUUUUAAAGAAAACGAGUAUUCACGUAUUUUCGAGCUGCUGGCUGCUCUUUUACAUUAUAGCAAUAUCCAGCUUCAGGAGACUGUGGUGGACAAUAACGAUGCUACCGCGGUUAAAAACAACUCAGCACUGGAACAUGCUGCGCGACUCUUAGGCGCAUCAACCGACACUCUCAAACUUCAGCUAACAGAACAAACUCUUGCGAUGAGAGGCGAGACUGUCAAGUCCAUCUUGAAUAUUUCGAAAUCGAGAGAUACGCUCGAUGCUUUUAUCAAAGGCGUUUACGGGCGAUUGUUCUCCUGGAUUGUCGAUAAGGUCAACUCAGCAGUUGGCAAGUCGAAAAAGCCGAUGAAGCCAAUGAACCUGUUCGCACUUAUUGACGAGGAGGCAUUUUAUCCUAGAGGAACCGACAUUACUCUUUUGGAGAAAUUGCGAAACAAGCAUCAGGGAAGUCGAAUUUUCGCAGCUUCUACCAAUUCACGUGACCAGCUUUUCACAGUUAUUCAUUUCGCUGGAGACGUCACUUACAACACUGGCGGAUUCUUGGAGAAAAAUAGGGACACCUUCCACGCUGAUUCUUUGUCUUUGGUUGAGAACUCAAGCAAUAAGUUUUUGGCAUUCUUAUUCAAGAGCGAAAUUAGAGCAAAAUCAUCUGGCACUGGAAAUAAGAGACCGAAGACAUUACUGAAGCAGUUCACAAAAUCAAUGGACGAGCUAAUGAAGACAUUGACAUCAUGUGAGCCGUUUUUCGUGCGAUGCAUCAAACCCAAUGAAACCAAAUCCGCGAUGGUCUUUGACAGACAACUUGUCCAUAGACAGCUGAUGUACUCUGGAAUGUUAGAAACAAUUACGAUCCGAAAGGCUGGAUACCCGAUUCGAUACGACUUCGACUAUUUCACCGGUCGAUACGACGUUUGCUGUGGAAAUCUACGCCACAAUCCCAACUUUACUCCCCGAGAAAAGUGUCGAGAAAUUCUAUCCAAGGUCUUGCCGAAAGAAGAUUGGAAGGUCGGACACACAAAAGUGUUCAUGAAAGAUGGCCAGGAAGUUCGAAUGGAAAGAGCUCGAGAAGAAGCCUUGCUCAAGUACAUCAUCACCAUUCAACGCUCUACAAGAGGGUGGCUUCGACGUCGCCGUGUUAAGAGACUGAACGCAACAAUUUUGAUGAUCCAGACACUGACUAGAGCUGCUCAAGCUAGAGUAGCCUACAAUCAGAUGAAAGUCGGCUACGCCCGCUUGCAAGCGGUUUGGAAAGCACAUAAACUGCAGUACAAGUACAACAAAAUUCGCAACUUUAUCAUUCGGCUUCAAGCUCGUUCUCGUGGCUACCUGAUCCGCAGCUCGAGAUUCAAGAGAAACGACGCGGUCGUCAUCAUUCAGUCUUACGUCCGAGGACUUCUUGCCAGGCGCUAUCACAAACGUGAGAUGCAAAAGAAUGAAAUACAAAAGUUGCCAAAGAGCGAACAAAAGAAACGAAUGGCGGAAUUUGAUGCUGAAGAGAAGAAACAGCUGGCUGCUCUGCUUGCAAAUAAGAGACGCUUGAAAGAGGCCCAGAAAAAUGAUCAAAAAGAUAUUGAGGAGAUCGACAAUAUGUUCAAAGAUAUUGAAAAUGGAGUCGGUGACUUCGACGAUCUCGACGAUGGCAAUAUUGAAUACAUAGAAGACGCAGACCAUGGAGUCGGAAACCAACAAGGAGCCUUCAGCGAUGACCUCUCAGCGUACACGUUCAUGAAAUAUGCAACAACGUAUUUCACGUCUGCUGUCUCUCAUACGCACUUGAGGCGCCCGCUCAAAGAACCGCUCUUGCACCACGAUGACGAAGUAGAUCGGUCAGCGUCUUUGUCGAUUUGGAUCACCAUCUUGCGCUUUAUGCUUGAUAUGUCUGAGCCGCGUAACACAACGACUACAGAUAGUAGACCCGAGUCAACAAUCAUCCGAUUGCAGAGAAUAAUUGGUCGAGCGCAAAAGACCAAAGCAAAAGCAAUGAUGGAAACACAGAAGGGACGAAAAACAAGAAUAUACUCCGCUGCAGACGGAUUCCGAGAAUUUACUGACAAUAGAACAACUCAUCUUACCAAAAUUCAGUUUAUCAUUGGAAUGGGAAUAAUAAGACCUGAGCUUCGAGAUGAGAUUUUCUGUCAAAUCUGCAAACAACUUACACAAAAUAGAAACAGGCAAGGAGCGCAGCGUGGAUGGAUGCUUAUGGCUUUGUGUGUUGGCUGUUUCGGGCCUAGUGAAAAGUUUGAAAAAUACUUGAGGUGCUUUUUGCGCGAAAAUCAACCAAGACAUUACCAAUACUACGAGGGAAAGUUAAACAGGACACUCAAAAACGGAGUUCGUCAAUGGCCUCCAAACACCGUAGAAAUAAGAGCUGCUCGCAAUAGAAAGCAAAUUCAAGUACGCGUAUCCCUCAUGGACAAAACUGUCCAUCAGGUGAAAGCUGAUAGUGCCACCACUGCCAAAGAAGUUUGCCAAGAAAUCGCAUCACUUGCAGGCCUAGAUGAGGGAACUUAUGGGUUUGGCCUUUUCAUCUCCAUUUUCCAGCGUGUAUCUUCACUUGGCGGAGGCCGUGAACAUCUCAUGGAUGCCAUCGCUCAGUGCGAGCAAAUCUCUGUUGAGCAAUCACUUGCGGCCGAAAGUGCUCCCUGGCAGAUUAUUUUAAGAAAAGAGGUCUUCUCUCCCUGGUACAACCCUAUGGUCGAUUUACGCGCUUCUCAGCUUAUAAGGAAACAAAUUAUCUCCAGUUUGAGUUAUGGCGAAUUUCCGAAUGUAAACGACAUCAAACUAGCGAAUCUCGCCGCUCAGGAACUAACAAUUCAAUGUGGCGCAACUUGGAAUGCUGAUAAAGCAGCAAAGGUGGUUCGUGAAAUCGUUCCUGAAGCGAAAAGAAAAGCUGAAGGCCCUGAAGCUUGGAAUCAGAAAGUGAAAGCGGCUCUUGAAAAGUUAAAGAAAGAAAAUCAACUGUGGAAAACAUCAUCGAUUUCAUCGGAGCAAGUUCAAGCUCAUAUGCUGAGGCAAUGCCGCAAAGAUUUUACUCUUCCAUUCUCACGCUUUUUCCAGAUCAGACCUGUUUCGCGAGAUGCCAAAUUUUUAUCCUCAGAAGGAACUGAUAUGCUUAUCGCUGUCAACUGGAUGGGUGUUUUUAUCGUAACAACGACAGAGAGUAUCCUGGCAAAGAUCCGAUUUUCAGAAAUUCGACAAAUCGAGCUCAUUCGAAAUGUACGGGACGUUCCUUAUGGAUUUACUCUCGAAACAAUCCAAGAGAAAUCCUACCAAUUCAUUUGCAGCGCCUGCGAAGACAUAGAUGAAAUAGUAAAUACUUUUGUUGAAGGAUUAAGAGCGAGAAGUCAGUUUGCAGUUGGAAAAACUGACCUUGCGCAGCACAUGGUUCAAGAAGGAGACCUAGCGUUUGCUCGUGGUGACCUUAUCAUUCUCGACCAAGUAGCAGGAAAAGCUCUACUGGGCGAAAAUGAAGCUCAUGGAAGAAACGAUCGAACUGGUUUUAGUGGCACUGUGAGAGCCGAGAAUGUUUGGGUUGUUCCAACGUUGCUCAAGCCGGACGAAGAGCUUGUGAAACUCUUCAAGAUGACUGAUGUCGAGCUUGAGCGACUCAAUCGAAAGACAAUGUCAGCUGCACAGAUGGAACAAACAGAGUCCAGCGCAAAAUACUACACUUUGCAAGAAUAUGCUCAGGACUUUUUCAGAAAUGAGAGCAAAGGCAAAACCUCACGAGGUGUUAUUGCAUUCGAUAAAUCAAAGAGUCAGGCAUCAUGGGCGAAAUCUACACAACCGAUUACACAACCACUCCUUAUUAAAACUCCGGACUACCUGACAUCGGAUGCUGGGCAUAUGUUUUUGGCAAUUUUGAAAUAUUGUGGUGAUCAUCCGGCUGGCCGCACAGUCAAUAUAACUGACAAAACGGAUCCGAUUUUCAAUUUGCCAUUGAAGAAGAAAGAACUUCGAGAUGAGUGCUACUGCCAAAUUAUGAAACAACUCACUCGGAAUCCCAAAAAAGCUUCUGAGGAAAAAGCUUGGAAGCUCUUCUGGCUUCUUUGUGGUCUAAUGCCACCGUCGGCGCAGCUUUAUCCCCACGUUAGUCGCUUCUUGAGCUCAAGAAACGAAAAUACGAUGGCAAUGGAGUGUUCGCAACGACUUUAUAGAGUUAAUCGUAAUGGAGCUCGGCGAAUGCCACCGCACUCGACUGAGGUUGAAGCUAUUGAAAAUGAGACUACUCAAAUUUACCAUUUCAUUCACCUUGGCCCAUCGCAGGAACUGAAAGAAGUUUUUGCCCUGGACUCAUCUAUGCGAGCUGGCGACCUAGUUUCCCAAAUCGCGAAACGUCUGCGCAUGAAAUCACACGAAGGAUUCUCAUUGUUCAUUUUCAUCGCUGACAAGAUGAUUGCGAUCAAGGACGACCAAUUCUUCUUCGACGUUAUCCGGGAGCUUUCCGACGCUUUAUCCCGCUCUGGUCAAAGUGCAGCGGACUACAAAGUUCAUUUCAUGCGAAAACUUUGGAUCAGUUUUAUUCCUGGCAAAGAUGCUGUCUCUGAUAAGCUAUUCAAUUUCCCUCAAGAGAGCAAAAAGUACCUCCGCGGGUUUUACGAUGUCGAUCAAAAGAAAGCGGCUGAGCUUGGUGCUUACCUAUACAUUGCCUUCUUCGACGAGUCUCCCCUGAACAGACAGGCGCUUAAGAAGGGGCAAAUAACGACCGAACUUGUUCCCCAGAAUUCAAAGUUCUCAAUGGAUAAGGCACGAAAAGAUAUUGAGAAGCAACUUUCGAAUCUGGCGGGAGUUUCUCCCGACGAUGCAAAAUUUAAAUUCCUCAAAGUGUUGGUUGAGUUCCCCAACUUUGGCUCGACAUUUGUUGAGUGUCGCCAGUUUGGCGAUAGCACGUUGCCCGAGAAAAUCAUCCUUGCUAUACAUAAGCGUGGAAUCACCGUGUUAGAUCCUGUUUCAAAAGCCGAGCUCAUGAGAAAAGGAUAUUCUGAAAUAACAAACUGGUCAUUUGGAGAGACAUAUUUUUCGAUGUCAUUUGGAAACUUAAUCAACGGUUCUAAACUGAUAUCUGUUCCUGCUGGCGAGAACAACCCGGCGUAUGAUGACCCAUCAGAAACACCAAUAGACACUCCAUUAGAGACUCCAAUUGAAGAAGCAUCUUCGGACCUGAUUCCCGUACCUGAAGUUACUCUUGAUGUUACUGCUGAUCAUUCAGCUUUUCCGGAGCCCAAAGAUCUGGAAGAUGACUCUUUGUUGGACGACAAUUGCCCAACCGAGUUGUUUGCGCUUUCCUCUUCUACCGACUCAGAAGAUCGACGAGCUCAAAUUUUGGAGGAAGCAACUAUCCGUCUUCUCAACGCUGACAAGAUCAGAAAGAUGAACGUGGAUGAAUAUGAAGAAGAUCGAAAAAUGGAGAAGGUCUAUAAACGUAGAAAGAUCGCUCUUCGAUCUAACUACUUCAAUAUCUCACUGAAGAUGAAGAGUCUUUACAUGUACCGAGUAGAAUGGGGAACUAACGAUAGAUAUGCACCCAUCCUCAAGUCUAAUGAAGAACGCCAUGCUGCUUUCAUGGAUUUCUGUGGACAGUACAUCAACAUGGAUCCAAACGUCUCUGGCUUUGACAAAACUCUCGAGGACAAAAAGUCAAUUCCGUCCUACGAUGGAGAAAGCGCAUUUUUCUACCAUCAUGAGAUGGAAAAAAUGGAUGUCUUCAAAGAUUAUGUAAAAGAAGGGAACUGGAACGCUGCCAUCAAGGGCUUGAUUGAAAAAUCCGAAGCCUAUGAGCAUACACAUGGUAUUGCUACUAUGCAAGAAACUUGGAAGAAGGAGAUGCAGAUUAAGAACGCCUCUAUGUUGCCAAACAGCGAAAAGAAGCGAGUGUUUCUCGCAAUGAAUGUACGACAUCAGCCUAAAGGCGCACGUAACAUGCACGAUUAUACAAUUCUGAUUACUAAAGUGCGAACAAUUCAUGCUCAAGAAAUCGAGGACUGCGCGAGCGGAAAGAUGCACUCUCAAGUUGCUCUUCAAGCAAUCGACUGCAUCUUCCGUGCUGCCUCCAUUUCUCGGGACUACACUAGGAUCAAGCGAACUCUUUAUUCCAGCGAUCCGGCAUACAAGAUCGACCCUAAGUUUUCCGGCGACGGAAAAUUCAUUUGGCUCGGAACGCACCAAACAGUGAAGCCAACUAAAUGGAAGUGUUUUGCUUUGAACAUCGAUCAGCAUGCUGCAAUGUUUUACAACCAGCAAAGUGUGAAAAGUUGGUUGGUAGACUUCGCGGGCGGCGAGAAAGCAGCAUGCAAUCCCGACGUAUGGAAAAGAGCUUCGGUUGAGCUCAAAAACCUUGAAUUCUGCACCAACUAUGGGAAAGUUACUCCCCAGAAAAUUCAUAGCCUAAGCGCGAAGAGUGCGCGGGAAUCGACUUUCGACAGAAAUGGGACAAAGUUGUCAGUUGCAGAUUACUUUGCGGAAAUCGGGAAUAGGGUCGAAAAUGCAAAUUUUCCCUGUAUAAAGGUUGGCACCGGCAAGCGAGAGUCGCUUUUUCCAGUUGAGAAGUGCAUUCUUCUGCCCAACCAAAUAGUUAAAGGGGCGAAUCCGAAUGAUGUCCAGGCUCUCAUCAAGGAGGCAGCGAAACCUCCGAAAGAUAUGCAGGAGCGUGUGGAAAAACUAGCGAAAUCCCUCAAAGGCCAAAUGACUGACUUUUUGGAAGAUUAUGGCCUGGAUGUUGACGUGAGCAGGAUGGCAAAGACGAAUGGGGAGUUGAUUACCGCGCCAAAACUGGAAUCCGGUGACGGGAAUCUUAAUCCGGUGAUGGGGAAUCUUAAAAGUUUCAAGAAGGUCAAAAAGGCCGCAAAAAUUAAAACAUGGAUCAUCGGCUCGAUUGGAAUGGAUGAUCGACACGCGCCACGGAAGAGUGACUACGACAACUUCAAAACGAACUUGACCAAGAAGGCUAAAGAGAUGGGGAUCCAGAUCAGCGGAGAAACUCUUAACGAUACCCAUUUCGGCAAGAAAAUCGUUGACAUCGACAAUUAUGGGUGCGAGAAAUUUUUCGAAAAUUGCAAAGGUGCUGGUGUCGAUCUGGCAAUAAUUGUUCUCCCCGAUAGUGGAUCGGUAGGAACGGAGAAAUACGCCAUGGUAAAACGUGUUUCCGAGUUAUCGUUGGGCGUGAUGACUCAGUGCAUCAAAAAGAAGAACUUUUGCGGUAAAGGCAGGCCUCCUACUGGCAUUGACCUUAUGACUGCUGGAAAUUUGUUGAUGAAGAUCAACCACAAAAUGAAUGGAAUCAAUGUUCGAGUGGAGAAAACUAACAUGAUCCAUAUCUUCGAUGUCCCGGUUAUGGUCGUCGGAACUUCUAUCAGCCACUCAGCCUCAGGAGGCCCAUCUGUGGCAACUAUGACUGCAUCAAUCGAUGCUGCUGGCGCUCGAUAUGUUGGCUUUGCAUCCCUUCAGGGAAAGGGCCAUAAGGUCGAAGAUAUGUGCGAGCUUAUGAAGAAAUGCCUUACUGCGUUUCACAGAGCUACUAAGAAAAAACCGAUGGCCAUCAUUUAUUACAAAGAUGGAUUAGGAGAAGGCCAGUUUGAAGAUGCUCUAAAGUACGAGGUAUCUCAGAUUCGAAGAGCCUGUCGAGAAAUGCCCGAUGGUGAUGGAACAUCGAAGGCAGCUCACUAUAUGGUGAUGCAUGAUGAAAACAGCCUCUGCCCUCACGCCUUCCAGAACAUGACUUACGCGCUCUGCCAUGCUUAUGCUCGCUGCACGCGAACUGUCUCCGUUCCUAUUGUCGUUUGCUAUGCCAAGCUUCUGACUGAACGGGCUCGAUACUGGCUCAGAGAUCUUGGCUUCGGGGAUACGGGCUCUAUGAGCAGCGGCUCAAGAGGAAAGGGCGGAAGAGAAGAUGAUAAGAAUAAAAUCUGCAAAGUGCACAAGGCACUCUCCUACCGAAUGUUCUUUACAUAG